CAUGAGCCUGGCAGGAGACAGGAAGCUGCUGCCUCGUCUGUGCGAGGAGCACCACGCUUUCGUCUGCCAGGGUGCAUCUCCUCCAGGCAAAGUAGAGGUGGGUGCUGUUGGGACGGACUUUGUGUCCCUCAGGUGGGACAGACCUGCCUUCAUGGAGAGCGUCCCUCACAGCUUCAACAUCAGCUACACGUCCUCUACUGGCUCCUCCUCCUCCUUCAUCUCCCCCUCCAACUCCACCCUCAUCACCUCUCUGCAGCCUGGAGAGCAGUACACAUUCAGCAUAUCCACUGUCACGGAGACAGUCCAGAGCCUGCCGGCAUGUGUCAGCGUAACAACACAUCUGGAGGCUCCAGUGGGGGUGCGCAUUGACUCCAUCUUCUUCUGUGUGUCUGUAAGCUGGGCAGACCCAGGGCGGGGGUCUCACACGGCUGCUCAGUACAACAUCUCCUACUCCUCCCUCCACGGCCAUCACUCUGGUUUCAUCCUGACACUCCCAUUCUGCAGUCACAUGACCAUCACUGGCCUCCUCCCACAGACUGAGUACAUGCUGAACAUCACAGCAGUCAACGAAUCAGGAGCCAGCAGCCUGCCUGUCACCGUGUUUCUGUUCACAUCUGCCCCAGCAAUCACAGUGGUUGCCAUGGUGCUGCGGGGUUUGCAGUGUGUUUUCCUGGGCCUGUUUUUCUGGCUACUGUGUCACUUCCACUGGAAAAGGAACUAUGAUGUGGAAAGUACAUCGGUUGAGACAACAGAGGAAAUGUUUUUCACACCCCAGGAGGUCUAAUAGUAAUUCUGAUGUUGGUCUGAAGCCUAAGCCUGAUGCUGACCUUGACCCUGACCCUAACACUAACCCUAACCCUAACCCUGCCCCUAAGCCUAAUCCUAAGUCGGAUACUGGCCUUUAGUCUACUAGGUCAGGAUGAAGAAGAAGCAGAGAAUCAGCUCCCCCUAAGUUUCUCUGAAUAUCGAUUAUGAUAGAAGUGAUAGUAUCCUAUCGCUGAUCAUUAUGUAUGGGUGUCAGACACCUUUGUUGCGGGCAACAGUGACUAUAGAAGGGUUGCCAAUUGAGCAAUAAACACAGAAAAAAUACUGUAAGUCCAGAAAUAUUUGUGCUCUUGAACUCAGCAAACCUAAAUUACUCCAACAUUUUCUGCUGCCAGCACUGAAGUCUUCACAAAUGAUGACACUUUGGAUGCACUGUGUUAUUUGUUCCUUUUUUACUGCUACUGUGUAGCUGAGGCCCAGAUCAUGUGGAUUCAUGUCAGAACUGAAAUUAUUAUAUUAUAAGGCAUGUGGGCUGAUGUCCCACAUGCCUUAGAUGUCUUAGAUCAUUAGAUGUAAUCUGUUUCAUAUUCUCAUAUACAGUAUUUUCAUAAAAGAUAAUUGUUUGCAGAUACAACUGUGUGCGUAAUUGGCUCAGGACAUUUGGGGUCUGAGACUGC